CUGUAGCCUGGUCCUGUUAUUGCACUUGCCGCUGCAGGUCGUUUGCCUGGAUUUCAUUGGGCGAUGCAGCACCUUGAAGGUGUUAAUGCGGUUGUCGUGUUGUAAACAAAAAUAUGUCAGCGGGAUCGGAGAGGGGUUUGUCUUGGCUUUUUAAGGAACCUCCCCGAGAAAUUGAGCGCAAGACAAUGAGGAAUGUGAGAAGCGGAUUGCGCUGCGCCGAGCUUUUCCACAUUGCUUCUGUUUUGCAGCCAUGAGGAGAGGACAAGUCACAUCCAAGGCGCAGCCUCUCCGCCGGCUUCCCGCACCGUGAGGACGCAGCGAUGCCCGGGCAGACGGAGGAUCCGUCUGCGUCCCGCCGCCUCGGCCUGGCCUCCCACCGCCUCCAGACGCUGAACCCCGGCCACGACUUCCCAUGAGGCCGCCACCAGAACUCCGCUCGACCGUUCUGUAUGGGGCCUCUCACAUAUGAACUGACAUGGAGGAUGAAGAUGGGACUUGUCUACUUGAUGUUUUGUGUGACCCCCAAGCCCUGAACGACUUCCUUCAUGGGACCAAUGAGCUGCAGACUGAAGACCUGCUCAUUAACUCCUCCUCUGGGGAGCCCUCCCUCUUCACAGAUGCCCCGAGCCCCGUCUCUCUGCUGGGAGAUGGCAGGGAUUCCCCAGACACACCUCCACCCGGGUGUGUGGAUCUGUCCUUCUUGGAGGAGGCCCUCAUGUCAUCACCAGAGGAUGGAGAAGACCCACAGGUGGUGCAUAGUGGAUUACCUGUGGAGGCUGGAUGUGAGGCGAAGAACAGAGAAGUGGAGAUAGCAGAGGAGGCGGAGGUGGCAUGUGAUAUCCUCCAGCAGAGCCUCCAGGAGGCUGAGAUCACAGAGCAGACCAUGGCUCUGGAGGCAGGGCUGACCCAAGCAGGGGACAGUCUGUCCCUGUACUCACCUGCCCCUCUUCUCUCUCCACCCACCAUGCCAUUUGUAUCCAAGUCUGUGACCUUGCCUGUCACCCCAGCAUUGCCCAGAGACACCCAGGCAGCAGUGGAGCCUCCCCAGCCAUCCCUCCUGGCUGUAGGGCCUGGCUGCCCUUCUCUAAAACCCGCUGCUCCUCCUCAGCUGAUGGGACUCCUGCCUGGAAAUGUGUUUCCUGCUGCUUCACCGGAGACCUCUUUCUCUCUGAGUCCUGCCCAGGGCUCCAGUAUGAUCAUCCACAAGGCUGUUCCAAGUAUGACUAGUCGUGCUCUCAUCACUCCGACCAUGAGACAAACAGCAGCAGCACCAGGAAUCGUCCUGCAGAGGGCCCCUCUCCCCAUCCAGCCCAAGCUCCCCAUCAACAUUCAGCCCAGACUGGUUCAAAUUAGCCCCAAGCCUUCUGGGCAGAAACCCACUCCAGGUCUUACAUUUGUUCCCGGGACUGCCUCACCAAAUAUUUUACUGUCUCAGGCUCCAGGCCAGAAGCCUGCAGCUCUGCCUCCACAGCCCAGCCAGCAGCUCCCCAAACCAGUCAGCCUGCAGUUGGUCAACCAGGGCGGCUCCUUUGUGCUCCAGCCUCAGGGACUCUUUCAAGGCCAAAACCAGUUUCUUCUUCCAGGCCAGUCCCCUGUUACAAUCUCCCAGCCUCCCAGUGCAGCUCGACCACUGCUGACUCACACUCACCAAGGCCCGUCGAUCCACAGCUUGGCUCCCUCCACUGGGCAGCUCGUAGACGGCUCUCAGAUCCUAACUGUGCCCCAAAGACAGCUGAACUUCAGCCCCGUCUUUACCACCCCCACAGGGCAGCUAGCGCUCCGCCAGGCCACUGUGCUUUCAGGACCCUUGCAGUUACAGUCAGCACCCCCUACUGUCUUCCAGAUGCCAGCACAGCUGCCUGGAGCCUACACUCCAGUUGGGCAAGGGCAGCGUGCCACCCUGGUCCACAGUCCUGCUCUUGGCAACCACAUAACCUUGAUCAACAGUUCAGGGGUGCUUCCCCCAGAUCUCACUUCCAUCUCGAUCGUUAAUGGCCCCUCUGUGGUUCAGGGGCUGCCCUUUGCUGCCCAGGGCCCAGCUCCUCAGACGGGAGUGACAGAAGGACAGCUGAGCCUCCAGCAGGCGGCUGUGGUGCUGAUGCCAGAGAGAGCUGUCCCAGAGGAGAGGAUCAGUGCACAGGAGACUUUCCACCAACUUGCACAGCCCUAUGGCCACGUUCUCCAACACGUCUCGGUGCAGCCCACCUCUGCCGGGCUGCAGGCCUCCUCUCCUCCCGUGCUCACAGUCUUACAGCCUCCUCCUGAACCACCUCUGGCCCCUGAUCCAACUGUGGAGAUGCCCAAACUUUUGAUGCCCCCAGCAGAUUUGACCCAAGUAGUGGAAGAGGUGACCCAUUCGAUGAGCCAGAACCAGGCCUUUAUGCAACAUCUGCAACAGCAAGCACUUAGUUCUCCCAUCACAUCUGAACUGUUGGUUGGAGCGCUGCCAGUGGUACCGAUGGAGUCUCUCACUACCCCUGAGGCCAGUGAGAGAGAGACCCAACCUCAGGCCCACGCGGUCUUUGAUCAGGACACCCACACUGUGAUGUCUGAUCAGUGCGUUGAGCCCUCUCCGCUGCACUCAGACCCUGAGGACACACCGUUGCUCUGCCCCUCUCCUCCGAUUCAGGACAGCGGGAGAACAGCUCUGGCAACGUUCUCCCCUCCAGCUGGACCUCACAUUAGUCUAUCGGGACCUGAGAGUUCAGUCACUCAGACCACAGCUCCCCAGCCUCACAUCAAGCCCCAGGUCCAGUACCAUUUCCCUCAUCAGCUCCAGGUCUCACAGGCCUUGUUUGCUCAGAACCAGGUGCAGAUCCAGUCAUCUGUUUCUCAGCCUCUGCCCCAGGUCCAGACCUCAGUUCCCCAGGUCCGAGUCCAGUUGUCUGCUUCCCAGCCUCUGUCGUCGGUCCGUACUUCAGCCCACAGCAGUCCGCCCCCUCUGCAUUUCAGCGACUCGGUGCCUCAGCAGCAGCCUGAACCCACAGCUGUGUCUGCUGGUCUCUCCAAAGGAGGAGACGACGCCGCUGUCCAACAGCACACACAGAACAAGCCAACCGCUGCCUUGGCCAUGGAGAGUACAGCGUUUACUCUUGAUGUCCAUCCACCCUCUCCUGCAGCCCAGACUGUCCAGGCUCACGGCCCCCCACCUCCCACAGAGUGUGCCCCCGUCCAGUUGAGCCAGCAGGCCGGCACCAAGCUGGCAGGCCGUCGGGAGCAGCAGAGAGAGGAGAGGCUCACACCAGCAAUGCGCAGGCACAGGUUCCAGCAGCAGCUCUGUUCGGACCCAGCCCGGCCUUUUCCACGCUGA